CCGGCCAUGGUGAUACGCACGCUUAUGCGACGAGGAAUUCGAAUUUCCCGUGACGUGUAGCGAAUCGUUUUAAUCUGCCGAAAGCGGUGAAAUUAGGAAAGUUCGCUGGCGUUUGUACGUGUGUGGUUCUGCCGAAGUUUCGUGUUAGACGCUGUGACGUGCGAAAUUGCAGACGACGUCUGGUUGCAGACGUGUUUCAAAACUGUCGUCUGCUUGCGUGUUUUGACCUUUUGGAAUACGCUUGGGAUACUUCACGCGGUGACGUGCACGACGUGAUGCCACGGCCGACCGAAAGAGACCGCCGUUGAUGGGCUAAGGGCACCUGACUUCAACUUCGGCUUCCUGGGGCGGCCGACAUGAGACUUAAGACCAUGGUCCCGUGCUGUGUCAUGCUGCUGUGCGCAGCAGUAGUGGUUGGUGCUAGAACUGAGCCCCCCACUGCUGCAGACGGGGGGGCCGCUACGAAGAACAUCACCUUCUCGGAUCCACCGAGGCCAGCGACGGGAAGUUACUACAAGUCGUCGUCUGCUUACGACGAACGGGGAAUGCACCAUCUUUAUGCGCUCACUCAAAUGUUUCAGUCGGUUGUUAUGGAUAAGGGAUUGCCUGAAGUGUUUAUGAACGAGGAAUUUUUAAAGGAACCCCUGCAUUACGUGUUGAACCAUAAGUCGGAGUUGUUUCGCGAGUACAAGCUGUUUGUCACCUUGGCCGCAGUCGGCAUCGCCCUGGCCGUGAUCAUGCCAUUGACGGGACUCAUCAUUUGCUGUUGUCGGUGUCGCAAGCGGCAGGACAUGCCCGAGUCAAAAAGCGACCCCUGCAAGCGUGGGGUCUUGGGUCUCCUCAUGUUCAUCCUCGUUGUGACUAUGCUGUUUGCCAUAGUGUGUGCCUUUGUGACAAACGAACACGCAGUCGACGGCGUUCAUCAUGUGCCAACUCAGCUUGAAAAUGCCGUCGUUGACAUUGCGACGUACUUUAACAGCACACAAGAGGAUGCUGAGUACCUACUGGUGAACAACUUCGAAGAACUAGUCGAGCACAUCGACCAGGAACUCAAUCAUAUCGGUGAUCGAAUGAGGCUGAUGUUCUCUCAGGCCACUGAUGCCCUUUCCAUAAGUGACCUGCUGGUCCUUGUUGAGAGGCUGGACAACAUCACCGCCCUCCUCACGUCCAUCAAGACUUCGUCCGAGAGUCUGGAACGGGACGGCGCGGACUUGUCCAGCAAGGUGUCUCAGGAGAAGACAACCAUCACCACAACAAUGAACCAGUGCCAAGACGCCGUCUGCAAUGCGAUCAAGGGCUCGCGCGAGUUUCAGGAGCUUAAAGCCAAGGACUAUAGCCAGCUUCCAACCAAAGAUGUCGAAGAUCUCAAGAAGAAUGUGGAGAAGCUGACGAGCAAUGACAUUGCAGGAAAGAUUCGUACGGGCCUGAACAGCUUCAAUUCAAUCAACGAGACAUUUCAAAAACAAGUCACUCAGGUCAGCGGCGAAAUCAACAACAAGAUUCGCGAAGUGGGCAACAAGCUCAAGUCUAUGAGCGACAAUAGCUACAAGUACCCGAUCAGCACUGCCACCAUCCAGGAGUCUGUGAAGGGGGCUCGAGAGUGGAUCAACUACGCCAACGAGUACAUCGGCUACUACCGGUACGCCGGCAUCAGCGUGGCCUGCAUCGCCUCCGUCGUCUUCCUGUUCUACUCCCUCGGCCUCAUGUGGGGGGCGUGCAGCAGCCACACUGGACCCUGUAGCGCCAGCACGGGCGCCACCCUCUUCCUGUGGGGCGUCGCGAUCUUCUUCCUCACGUACGCCAUCGUCCAGAUUCCCAUCACGGCCAUGUACGGGAUCGGGACCAUCGUGCAGCGGGCCGGCUGCGACGUCGCCGUCGCGCCGGACAGCAACACGACCCAACGCCUGCUGCAGCUGGUCGCAAUGAGGCUCAACUACAACGAGCCACUUGUGCACUUUGCGGCGCGGAGCAUCACCAAGUGCCGCAGCGGCAACUGGAGCCUGUAUCGGCUCCUGCAGGACGCGGAGAAGGACAACAUCAAGAUUGGCAACGUGACGCUGCGCGCCGUCGACUUCGCUGCGGUCGAGAACUACAAGAACGAGCAGGGUUUGGACGAUAAGGUGAAGGAGCUGGCGGACAAGCUGGAGAAGUCGACGCUGAAUUUUAAGCUGAUCACUCCGGAGGCCCAGAAGAUGGUGGAAGACUUGAAGCAGAUCUCCUUCUCCACGGUCGACGUGCAGAACUACUUGCACAAGGUUUCAGGGAGUCCUACCCUUACCGACCUGGGCAAGUUUGCUAAACAGCUACACAGUGCUGCCUCUGCAGUGCAGCAACGGGAACCUCAAACCGCGAAUGAGCUGACACAGUCUGCACAGAGGCUUGAAGACUACCAGCGAAACUUGGUGCCAAAGCUAACGCAAGAAGUGGCAACACUGAGCAAACAGCUGCACGACCUCGACAAAAUGAUCGUGGUCAACGGAACCGGGAUUGUCAAUGUUAUCAGCGACACCUACAACAGAGUCAAGAUGGCAGAAGAGGUCAUCAAAACAAAGGGAAAGUCUUUCAUACGCUCUCUGGCGAUGGAACUGGUGGACGACCUGAAGGGACUGGUUAACGAAUAUGUUAAUCACGUGAAACAUGAGGUCAUCGAGGUGAUGGGACGCUGUGGUCCGCUUAGUACGGCAUAUGACGCGUCUGUCAACUCCAUCUGCAAGGGGGUCAUGCUACCUUUCAAUGGCUACUGGGUGAGCAUUGGCUGGUGUCUCAUCUCCGGCAUUCCGGCAAUGAUAAUUGCCCUCCUGCUAGUGCCGCUGUUCCGUCGGCUCGAUCCGUUCCUUAUUCCGCCGUCAGAAUCGGACUACAUCUCAGACACGGCAUACUCAGAGAGAGACACUAUCCCCCUUGCUCAAGUUAACCGCAAGGCACGUCGUGGAGGAGGAGGCCGCGGAGUCUACGACAACCGCAACGGAUACCUGCACGACUACAGUCCCGAAUACCGUGAUCACCACCACCCCCAACGAUCCAUAACCGGCGUAACUUCUCCGUCGGUGGCGUACGUCCCGGCGCCGCACUACAACUACACCAGGGACCCGGACCUCCCGCCCUACAAGCCCACGCACGGCCCCACGGCCCCACCCGUUAACGACUGGGGCCACGGAGGAUCGGACUACCACAAGCCUCCGCCGUACUACUUUCCAGGACCGUGAUGGGACUUCAGUUUUGCUCGGGACUCGACGGGGAAACGUGUGUCCAGUGCCGUACUUCGUUUCCUCGGUUGACAGACGAUACGGGAUGUUACGGGACGUUGCAGGAUGUUAUGGGACGUUACGGGAGUUCCUCCAAAGAUUGGGCACAGCGAGGGUUUGCUCGGAUGUGCCGUUGUUGGACUUUUUGGGGAAGGGGUGCCAUUCUUUCAUUGCUGUACAAUGCGGACACGGUGUGAUCAUUUGUUUUCGUGGCUGUGUACUCCAGGAUGGGUCCCUGCUGUGAUGAAAAAAAAAAAAAAUGGUGCUUUUGUGUUUUGGUUGGGAUGAAGCAACCGGGAGGACGAUAAAAAAGCUGCUGAAGUUACAGCAGCAUAUGUUGCCAAAGCGAACUGUUGAAAGGUACUUUGCAGCAUUGCACGAGUUUUUUUUUUUGUUUCGAUGUGUAUGCCAUAUGCAAGGAGGUCAGAGGUGUUCCCCCCGAAGCGGAUCGUUGUGAGACUCCCUCAAGGACAGCACGAAAAGUUGGGAUGCUGUGGUUUCUUUGCCAUAUACUGUUUGUUUCUGAGACCGCAUUGCUGUGCAGAAGUUUUAAGUGAGUGACCAUAGAUUAGCUCUUGUGGGACCUAUCGUUUUAGGACAUGUGUACAGGUGUUGCUGUACUGUAGCAGUUAUUCCAAAACCCACUUGUGUAGCCUUGUGUGCUUCAGUGCGCUUGUCAACCAGAAGUUGGAAGCCUGCACUGCUACGGUUAUUACCAUUACAGUUAGGGUAUUUAUGUGUAACAGGCAUUAGGUGAGAUGUAACGGUGCGCAAUUAUUGGCGCGCUUCCUCCUCUUUAGCAAGUGUGAGAAUGUUAUUGUGUUCCGCAUCUCUCGAUAACCAAAGCUUGGCUCUGAGCUGUCCUCGUUCCAUACGUAACGCAACCAAGUUCCGUUCCCAGCCGAACCCAUUUGUUCUCUUUUGCGUGUCGAAAUGUAAUCACGGUACGAAGUGUUUCCCCCCACCCACCCACGUUUGCCCGUCAUGGGUCUUCUGUGAUGGCAUCCAGCACAGAAGUGCAAUCGGGUCGAGCUGCCAGAAGCGUUCAAGCUCGCUGGAAGUAAUCUCCACGCGUUACAAAGUGGGUCUCGACAUACCCGCUUAUCGAAGCUCACCUACCCCAAUCCCCUUACCCAGCUAGACGCACGUCACAGGUACACAUAGCCAUAACGGGACAAAUGUUCUCUUCUGGUAGCUGAAAAAAAGAAAAGAGGUGCCAAAAAGAAAUACAAUAAAAAGAGCGUGCGACAGCAAGAAGCUGUAGUUGCCAGACGAAGACAGAAAAAAAAAAAACAAGCGGCAACCAUCGCAUGCCAUGUAAAACGUUGCAACGAAAAGUGCCUUCAUACAGAGAACAAGUUAUAUUAUAAAAAGCUGGUAUUUUAAUAAAGUAGCGGAUUUCUCCAUGCCAGAUACUAUAUAUUGAACGCACAAAAGUCUGUGCACUCGUUGAGUAUUAGCACCUGUCCUAGCAGACGUUUUAAUCUUAACCUGUUGUUGUACCUUAGAUUCACUUACUGGAUGAAGAGAGAAGAAAGGAAAAAAAAAAACAUGUUGUAAAACCGUAGAAUCUUACGAAGACGUUCUUUUUAAGGUGUUUUAUCGAAUGCGUUGAUUCUGUGUGGACCACACUGAGUGAGUGUUCUUUUGAUUAGUGUUCGGUCCCCCGAGACAAGUCACGUCACACGUGGCGCGACAGAAAUCUUGCAUUUUCCUCGGGAAGUUGAAUUACUUGCGUUUCAGCCUGCCUGAACUAAUAAAUAUAAGGAGUUGA